GUCGUGCUCGUGUUCACUCAUAUUGAAUUUGGGUAAUGUGUAGUAGAAUAAACUGAAAUGAUGUGCUUCAGCUUCUCAACAGCAUUAGCCGCACUAAAAGUCCACCAACGGAGCGACUUCACCGCCGCAACUCUAGAAGUAAUAUUCCAGUGUUGAGGAUAGCAGUCAGUCCACGCGAGUUGCUCUUGCUCGCGAUUAUAUGCGGGCAUGCCACGACUGCCGGCGCCACAGCCGGCCUCAACAUCAGAAGGUCAGCUACGGCCUUGCCCAGAGCCAAAGGGCGAGGGGGUGCUCUGGAAUUCAUGAGCCCGAGGCCAUGCGAAGGCCUACGGGCCCGCCCCUUCAUCUGAGCCAACCCAGGCUCCGCGAGCAAACCUCCGGCGGCAUCCCCUGGCUCGCCUGCUGAGGAUCGCCGCGGCAGCUAUCGCCCAGAGACGGAGCCAAAAAAUGCCGCCUCGAGUGGCAAUUUGUAAUGCGAGAAACGCGCAAAAUUGAGCAAAAAAUCGAAGCAAAACCUGCAAAAAGUGGCAAUUUUUGCGGUAUGAUAUAUUUUUUUUAGCACGACCUGAAUCCAAAACCUCUCAGUUUUGCUGACCCGCUCUAUACCAUCGUGAUUGGCGUUUUUCCAAAAAUUGAAUUUCUUCAUAUUUUUCACCAUAGCAUCGGCUCAAAAAAAUAUAUCAUAUGCAAAAACUGCCACUUUUCUUCUAGAAAAAUGGGAAAAAGUGAAAAAAUGAGAAAUCUCAGUCGCUUUUACGUAUAUGAUAUAUUAUUUCUAGCACGGGCUAGCGGCCAUAUUUUUCGCCAGAUCUAUCAUACCAGAAAGUCGCCAGUUUUGGAAUUUCGACAAGCCGCAAAAUUCUUGCAGAUUUUGCUGUCGAAAUUCACAAGGCCGGACCUCGCCGACCAGGUGUCCCGAGAGAGGUGUAGGGGCCUCCAAGGUGGUAUGAUAUAUUUUUUUUGCCCGCACGGAACGGCCAUCUUUUCGAGGCCAAAUAUGUGGCCCCUUUCCGCCCAUUCCCCCGGCCGCCGGCCCGAAGCCAGAAAAGGCAAGGGCGGCUCUUGCAGGCGCGACGGAGCUGCCGUCUUGGCAGGUCCGGGAAAAUGCAAACUCUGCUGGUUAGGUGGCGGGCGGGAGCUGAUCUCUCAGCCCACCGUGUGCCCAGAAAUGCAGACCCAUCGGGCGCAAUGACAUCACUGAAGCUUCUCCAAACCACGCAAAUUCGUCGCCGGAAAAAAAAAAUCGCUGAUGAAAUACUUGAGUUUUUCGACAAAAAUGUUGUGUUUUUUCCAAAAAAAUGACAAUUUUUCAUGGUUGAAUUCGCGUGAAUAUGAGUAUGAUAUAUUUUUUUCGUGCGAUAAUAGCAGUCAGUCCACGCGAGUUGCUCUUGCUCGCGAUUAUAUCGUCAAGGUAAAAAGCGAAGAGUUGCAUCAUCCUCGAUAGUUCCGCGAAGAAGAUGGCGCCCCCGGUGAAUAUUUCGGAGAUAAAGUUGACCGACAUCGACUUCCCCGCGGUCGAAGAGGCAACGAAUGCGAAAGUGGUGCUCAAGUACCUCCAGUUGCUGGAGGAAGAUGGGUAUGCAUUGCAAAAGUAUCGUACUAGUAGUAAUUGCAUUACAAAUUUGCUGAGCAUGUGAAAUGUAAUGCGGAUUUACCUUAAGAAGAAAAUUUGUUAAAUGCAUGAUUGCAAUACGACUACGAUACUUUUGCACAGGAUAAUGGGAUUAUGUACAAGGAGCUGUACCAGGCCUGCAAGGACAAGCUGAAGGCGCUGAACCCGAAAUUGUAUCAGCAUCACUUUGAUUGUUGUAUUCGCCAUUCUUUGACGAUGUGAUUCUCAUUGCUGAUGCUGAGAGGGCGUGGAAGUUGAAAGGCAGAAACUUGAACUUCAGUUGCGCUUCUUUAUUGCUUCCUCGUGCCUGUACAUCGUAUUCGUAUGCUCAUCAAUGUAUAUACCGAAUAUGUUGACGUCGCAGGUAUGCAAUUCAGUACCCACGAGCUACCACGGCGGAGGAAGAAGCAGCAGCAAACAACGACCUGUUCAAUUGGGAGAAUGAGGUCAAGCGCACCGACGAAAUGCUCAGGCAAGCAGGGAAAGCACAGGGUAUGACUUUUACUGGACGAGUUCUUCUCGUUGUAGAACCGAAGCUGUAUGUUGUACUUGUUCAUUGAAUAGGUGCUUGUUCAGCCUUCAGUUUAUUCGUCAUUAUUUCUGACUUGCAUGAUGAUCAUUUUCGGUCUAGUCAGUCUGUUGUACAUCACGUAACUACAUCAACGAAGGUAAAUCCGGCGGCGCUUUACCCGCCCCUCGGGGUUCUGACGGGACCGAUGUGGUCGCCCGGGAGAACGUUGCCAAUGACAAAUACGACGAAGGCCCGAACAAGACCAACGAGGGCUACGCGCGGGACACGACGAAGAUGAAGGAUUACUACCGAAAUUGGGACCAGGUGGAUGUGGACAAGAUGGAGCAGGAUAUGGAAGCGAAAGAGGAGGCGGAGCGGGAGAAAAACCGGGCGCGGCAGGCAGCGUUACAGCAAACCCAAGACUUUGAGCAGGACAAGGAGAUAUCAAAUGCAAAAAUGUCUGGGUCUGGAAGAUUGCAAGUUUGUCAUGCUUGUCUGGCGUGACUCGAGGUCGAGAAUCUGCGUUGCAUAGUCACGAAAAAGCCCUCUUAUCUGUCAUGCAAAAACGCUGUUUGCCAUGCGGAAUACGUAAGAAAUGGCCCCCAAAAAAUUUGUCAUGCGUAGCUGCGUAUUGCAGUGCGUCUAUCAUUCAUUUUUAGCAUUACAAGUUUCCACACCCAGACACUUUUGCAAUUCACAGGAGAUUAGACAGAUCCGCAACAUGUCGGAGGUGCAGCGGCAGCAGCUCGCGACCAGUGAGAAGGAAAAGGGUAUCAAAAUGAAAAAUCCCCCCUCCCCAUAUCGAAAGGGGAGUCUGUGAUGCUGUAUUUGCGUACACAAAUCAGCUUUGUCUUGCAGUAGAGCACUCCAAGCAGAUACAAAGCCCGGAAAGGGUGGCUUGAGGUAGGCACUUAGCAUGGCAGACGUCUGCUCCAUUGGCGCAGCAGCAUUACAAAUCGCCUACGAAAUGCGGCGUAAGCUCCGGCUUUGCUGUCUUGCAAGACAGACUCGAUUUGUGACCAGAAACCAGCAUCGCAGAUCUUUAAAAGUGCGUCUCUUCGAUAUGGCGAGGGGGGAUUUUUCCUCACAAUAAAGGGCAACGAGUCGUUUUACGCAAACGAUUUGGAAGAGGCGGACAUGUACUGAAACUUUGCUAGUAGAUGAAUUGGCCGAGAUUCUUCAUCCCUAGGUCAUGUCGAUGUGAUUUUUGAAACGCAUGGUAUUCAUCGUGUGACCAAGAAUAUCUCUUUCAGUGCCAAGAACAUGUACGGUCGUUCUUGUUUCUAGUUCUACGUCGACACCUGUAUCCCAGGUACUAUUCCCGCUCCCUUCGUUACCAAUCCGACGCUCCCGCUGUCCUCACCAACCGUGCGUUAGUUCGCCUGAAACUGCUCCGACCAAAGGAUUAUCAAAUGCAAAAAUGUAUGCAAGAUUUGUCAUGCAGAUUUCUCAUGAUCCAUCAUGCCUGUAAUGCAUGACCAAGCAGCACAGACUUUUAGAGGGGUUACUGAUGCACCUUCCGCAUGAGAAAUGCCCUGUCCGUGUAGCACAAACCGGGCCCCUCUUGCUGGUCAUGCAAUACAAAUUUUUUUAGAGUCCAAAAACAGCAUGACAAGUUGCAUUCUUCCAGACCCAGAGAUUUUUGCAUUUGAUAAGGAUGCCCGGUCCGAUUGCGACGCGGCCCUGGAACUGCAGCCGCGCUACAUGAAGGCGCUGCACCGGCGCGGGAAGGCCAACUACGACAUCGGGGACUUCGAGAGCGCCGUCGCGGACUUUCAGAGCGCGCUGAAAAUCGACCCGCAAAACGCACAGAUCAACGGCGACCUGCGGGAGGCGAGAAAGAUGCUCUUGCCGGGAUCUUCGGGGGCGGCAAAUAAAUCGUCCUCUGCAGCGAGUAGUACAACUUCUAAUAGUCGCGACCAGAAGAAGAAAAUGCCCAUCACGGAAAGCGCCCAGCCCGGGCAGUUCCGGCGCGUGCAGAUCACGGAGGGCAGUUCGUCGGAAGACGAGAGCGAUGAGGACGAUGAGAUAAAGAUCGAGAACGUGGACGAGGAUCCAGAGCCGGUGAAAGUCGCAGAUGAAAAGGUUAUGAAGUCAAGCCCCGCAAAAUCAAAAUCAUCCUCCACGUCGACUAAAGCUGCAGCAGUUUCCCAAGCUCCACAGAAGAUGAAACCACUUUUAUCCCCGGAUGAACACUUCGCGAACGCGGACGCGGAGUGCAAAGGAGGGAAUUUCAAAAAAGCCCAGCGCGAAUUAGACUGGUAUGUCUCUCGUCUCGAAGCGACGACCGGGAAGAAAAUUAGUUCGUUGAGCAAAUCGGACAAGUUUUUCGAAGUGGAGAAGAAGGUCCGGAAGGGUUUGCAGUCCGCCUGGGAUGAACAAGGAGGAAAAAGCAGUAGUAAAGCCGGCGGAUGCUUUCGCUCCUGUGGCAGUGUGUUGCCAUCGAGUGAGAUUUUUCGAGCUUUGUCCUCCGCCAGUUCUAGUUCAGCGUCAACAUCAUCUUCCUCGUCGUCAACUAGCAGUACAGAUUCCACAAGUACCUCCGCACCAAAGAAGUUUCAGCGCAUGCAGAUUGUGGAGGAGAGCGACUCGGACGAAGAUUCUGACGACGAAGCGAAGAAGAAGGACGAAAAUAUUAAACCCAAAACCAGUAGUACCGCCAAGCCGGAGGCGGAACCGGCAAAGCCGGCGCCAGGCUUCUAUCCAGUGCAAAAGUAGCGUACUAGUAUAAAUCGCAUUACAAAUCAGCGCAACAUUACAAAUCAAAUCUGCAAUGCUGUUUUACCUUAGGAGAGAUGAGAGAUUUGUCAUGCAUAACCGCAAUUACUUACUAGUACUACGAGUACGAUACUUUUGCAGUUCAUAGCUUCCAGCGGAUGCAGAUCACCGAAGACUCGUCCAGUGAAGAGUCAGAGGACGAGACGGAGGAAAAGAAAGUAAAACCCGCAGGAGCUGCUCCUGCAGCCCCCGCCACUGCAACUGCUGCAACAACCUCCGCCCCGGCUUUCCAGCGCAUGCAAAUCGCGGAAGUCAGCGACAGUGAGGACGAGGAGGACGAGGAACCGAACAACCAGGAAGCAAUGUCGCCGCCGAGCACCGAAGAAGAGUACAGCACGACGACGUCCGAGUCGAUUGUCAUCGUCGAUUAUGCAUUUUUGCAAAUAAGUAUCGUACUAGUCGAAGUCGCAUGACAAAUUUCCGUAGGAUGAGAAAUGCAACUUGUAAUGCUGCUUAACCUUAAGACUAGGAUUUGUUAAUAUGCAUGCCUACAAUUAAACAUAGAGUUAGAGCGCGAUACUUUUCCAAUUCAUAUCGAUCCGGCGGAGGUGCAAAGCAGCGAUGGUGGCGCGGAGAACCUUGGCGAACAAGAGGAAGAGCCCCAGUAUGUCAAGGUGAACGACGAGAUGUACCGAAAGUUGCCCGUGAUGAGCUGCUCUACCGCAGCUUCCACCUCCGCAGAAGCCGCGGAAGCCGCAGCAGCGCCCUCGGUCUCCCUUGGAAAACAAGGUACAGCAACCGGCCGCGACGAGGAUCCUUACCCGGACUUCAAGGUCGUUCCGACGGCGAAAGGGGUGGAAACCGGGAAGACGAUCGGAAAUGCGCUGUUCAAACAGGGCGAAUUUGAGGAGGCGAGGAAAGUUUUUGAAAAGUGUGUCUUCACGAUGACGAAAGGGAAUAAAGAUGAAACGUUAUCACCCGAGUCGGCGGUCCAGGCUUCGAUGCUUCUUUCCAACGCGGUAGGGAUUGCCAAAAUGUCUGGGUCUGGAACGAAGCAACUUCUCAUGCUAAAUCUGAAUCAUGUAUGAAAUCUGUGUUGCAUGAUUGCCAAAAGCUGCCCACUUGUGACCUAAUCGAGAGGCAGUUUCUCAUGCAGGAUAGGCAUGAUAGAGCGCUCACAGAAUCUGUCAUGCGAUGUCCUACAUGCCAGACCUCAUGAGUCCUGGAAAACCUGCAUGACAAGUUUGGCAUUCUUCCAGACCCAGACAUUUUUACAUUUGAUACGCGGCCUUUACGGCCUUGAAAAUGAAGGACUACAGCUACGCCAACAAGGUCGCCACCUAUCAACCGCAAAUGGGUCUGGGUCUGGAAGAUUUUUGCGAGAUUUGUUGUGCUAACCUGGCAUGAUCCUGAGUUCUGUAUUGCGUGUCCACGAAGAGGAGCUCCUCUUGCCUGUCAUGCAGAAACGCAGUUUCUCAUGCAGCACACGCAACACGUGGGCGCGAAAAAAUCUGUCAUGCUUGGCGGUGCCUUGCAGUGUGCUUUCACUUUACUGAAUUGCAUUACAACUUUUCAGACCUCCCACACAUAUUUGCAGUGCAUACCACCGACGCCUUACUCUUUGACGACACCAACACAAAGGCGCGGUACCGGCGCGCGCAGGCACGGUACGAACUGGGCGAAUUUUCCGCCGGCUUGGAGGACUGCGAGGUGGCGAUGAGGUGCUGCGCCGAAGCGGCGGGGCUGCAGGAACUGUUGGCGAAAUUCCGCUAUGAAAUGCAAAAAAUGUCUGGGUCUGGAAGAAUGCAGACUUGUCAUGCAUUUUUUCCAUGCCCCAUGAGGUCUGGAAUGCAGGACCUAGCAUGACAGAUUCUGCGACGUCUCUAUACUGCCUAUCCUGCAUGAGAAACUCCCUGCAUGAGAAACUCCCGCUCAGCCGGGUGGUAGCUAGGAAGUGGAUCGGGUAUCCACCUAGGGGUACCGGCAGAGGCUAAAUCUGUACUAACGCCCAGGUAUUGGCAGAGGCUAAAUCUGUUCUAACGCCGACCCGCCAGGAGUCAAAUGGUGCUACUACUAUGUUGGUCAAAAUAGGACAACUUUCGGCGAUCACGCAACACAGAUUUUUGUGUGACCCACAGGACGUAUCACAAAUUCCAUCCUCCCAGACCCAGACAUUUUUGCAUUUGAUAUCCGCGAGAAAGUGCCGGAGUUCGAGCCCGUGGAGCCGGGUUUCACGCGGUUGGAAAUCCAGGCGGACUCGGACAGCGACUCGGAUAGCGAGACGAGAAAAGUAGAGACGGGGAAACAGGAGAAGGUAUACCACAGAGACAGCGGCUACUUUUUGUGUUUUAUGAGUAGAUCGAGAUCUUUUUAAGACCCGAUGGGGGACUAUUCGUUCGCUACUAUUCUUUAUUUCACAUGUAGAUUCACAUUCCAUGAUUUCGCAGCCCGCCGCGGCCGCCAACAAGUCCGAAGAGCCGGCCAAAUUUGCGCCGCCGCAACGGACGACCGCAAGUUCGCCAGCCGACACCCACCUGGAGGAGUUUGAGAAGCUGAAGGCAUCCGGGAAUAAGGCGUUCUCCGAGGGAAAAUUGCAGGACGCGGUGGAGAAGUACCAAACCUGCAUCUCCUUCGCCACGACCAAGAAGAUCGAAUCGUCGAAAAUCGCCGUGCUGUACACGAACCGGGCCAUUGCCAACUACAAGUUGGAAAAGUACGAGGAGUGCGAACGCGACGCCGCGCAAUCUUUGGAGCUAAACAACGCGGCCUCUUCCACCGGUGCCACGCCCUCUGACCCGAAGGUGCGCGAGGCGGUGAAAAAAGCGGUGUUCAAACGAUCGCAAUCCCGGCUGAAAUUAGGGAGAGAACUAUCUGACGCUUUGCGGGACAUCAACCGCGUUUUGGAAUACCCGGGGAACAAAAACGAUUUUAUCGACGACGCAGAGAAGUUGAAACGGGAAAUUCUGAACAAAAUGGUCGAGAAGAAACGGGAGCAAGAGGCCGAAAAACUGGCUUCGAAAGCGGCAGUGUCCUCGAGUAGCAUCAAUACUGGCGGGGCCGCGUCAAGUACAGCAGGACCGGCUACCAGUCCCGCGACCGCAACAGGAGCUGCUGCGUCCUCACCCCUCACGCCCGGCGGUACAGCAGUGUCGCAGCAGGUGAAGAAGCACAGUUUCAAGACGCCGGUGAACGCAUAUGAUUUUCAGCGGACGAUGAUGUCUCUCCGUAACUACCCGAUCGCGCACGUGAGGCACUACUUGGUCAACUUCGUUCCGGCAAAAAUUGUGCCGGGCAUUUUCAAAAAGUCAAGUAUCGAAACCGACCACCUGAGCUUAGUCGUGAAGGCGCUGGUCACGAAAAAUUGUGCGGAGGAAGGAACUACAGGCUUAGCAGCUGCGAGUAGUGAGGAGAGCGAGUUUGUUGAUUACGACUUUCUCUUCGCUCUCGGGAAGACGCACAUGGCGUACCUGCAGUUCACCAUGCUGUCCGAUGAGGAACUGAAGUGGGUGUCGCAGAUUCUGGACAAAGUCCCGGCGGACCGCAGUGCGGAGGUGGAAGGAUUCAAAAAGAUGGCGAAGAUGUGAAGACAAUAAAGCGUUUUUAGAUCAUACAACUGGCAAGAUCGUGUUGAAUAUUCUUUGUCGUCAUGAACAAUGAUGCAACAGGAGCAGGCAGAGACUCUAUCCAUUGCUAAUUCGAAUUGCAUGAGUAGUGUGUUGUUCUUUGAUGAAAUCUUAAUAUCGAUUCUAAAUUCAGAAGAAUUUUUAUUUUCGUGUGGUUUUUUAUGUAGAACAAGCCUUUUUGUGCUUUUUUCUUGAUGCGAUGAAAUUUAAAUUUUUACUUGCUUGAACAGUGAAUGUGAAAUAAAGUAGUCCUGCUCGUCUACUUUCUUGACAUAGUGCGCCGCUUUGUUGCAGCGCUGGGGGAAAAACAAUGAUUAUUGAAUUUUCGUGAAUGUACACUGCGGAAAGUUCUCUACUUACAUCAUACCUACGAAGAGCCACGAAU